CGGGUGGGGACAGGCUGGGGCCACCAAGGGGCUCCAUGGACAAGGACUCUGCUCCUGCUCUCCUCCCAGCUUCGGGAAGAAGAGAGAAAAGAUCUGUGUUGUUGAUUUAUAUUUGGGGGACCCUCCCGUCUCCUAAAUUUCCCAGGGAAGAGAAAGUGAUUGGAACUUAAACUGAUAAAAGAACACAAGGAGCCAAGGACAUUCCUACAGGAAUGUCGACUUGAAGUGGAUAUGUCCUUUCCCUCUGAAGUUGGCCCGGCCCUUCCAGCUGGAAGUAAACCUUGAGGAUCUUGAAUUCCAGAUGUUCCAGUUGUGACUUGUCCGUGGAUCCUUCAUGGCACCCCCUGAAAAGCCAUCCACUGUCUGGACACACAAGGAGGCAGAGAUGGGAGUUGGCCCUCAGCCAGAUGUGACGAACAGGGGUUGGAGGCCAGGAGAUGGGGGCGCUGCUCCUCCCCCUCUUCCCCCAGCCCUGUCCUUCCUCCUUCUUUUUCCACUAGCCAGCGCCCUGCAGCCCAGCCCACUGCCCUUUCCAGAGCUGAGGCUGGUGGGGGGCCCGAGCCGCUGCCGGGGCCGCCUGGAGGUCCUGCACAGCGGCUCCUGGGGCAGCGUCUGCGACGACGACUGGGACGUGGUGGAUGCCAACGUGGUGUGUCGUCAGCUGGGCUGCGGCCUGGCCCUGCCCGUGCCCCGGCCCCUGGCCUUCGGGCAAGGCCGAGGCCCCAUUCUGCUGGACAACGUGGAGUGCCGAGGGCAGGAAGCUGCGCUGAGCGAGUGCGGCAGUCACGGCUGGGGCGUCCACAACUGCUUUCACUAUGAAGACGUGGCUGUGCUGUGUGACGAGUUCUUGCACACACAGCCUCCAACAAAGAGGGUGUUAACCAGCAGAGUGCCCCCUACAACUCUCCAGAACGGGAAAGGCGAGGGCAGCGUGCGCCUGGCGGGCGGCGCGGGCCCGUGUCAGGGCCGCGUGGAGAUCCUGCACGGGGGCCUGUGGGGCACGGUGUGCGACGACGACUGGGGGCUGCCGGACGCCGCCGUGGUCUGCCGCCAGCUGGGCUGCGGCCCGGCCCUGGCCGCUACCACCAACGCCUUUUUCGGCUACGGGACGGGCCACAUCCUACUGGACAACGUGCAGUGCGAAGGCGGGGAGGCGCGCCUGGCGGCCUGCCCGAGCCUGGGCUGGGGCGUGCACAACUGCGGCCACCACGAGGACGCGGGCGCGCUCUGCGCAGUCCUGGGACCCCCGACUUUCACGGCACUUCCACCCUCUGCCACGAGAGAGGACUGGGCCUGGCACACACAGACAGCAGCGACUGGAGUUGGUGCCCAGCCUUCAGGGGACACCCCGCAGUCCACCACGUCCUCCUGGGCGGCAGGGAAGAAAAGCGGGCGGCUGCGGCUGGUGGGCGGCCCGGGCCCGUGCCGCGGCCGCGUGGAGGUGCUGUACGCCGGGGGUUGGGGCACCGUGUGCGACGACGACUGGGACUUCGCGGAUGCGCGCGUGGCCUGUCGCGAGGCCGGCUGCGGGCCCGCGCUAGGCGCCACGGGCCUCGGCCACUUCGGGUACGGCCGGGGCCCCGUGCUGCUGGACAACGUAGGCUGCACGGGUACCGAGACCCGGCUCAGCGACUGCUUCCACCUGGGCUGGGGUCAGCACAACUGCGGCCAUCACGAGGACGCCGGCGCGCUGUGCGAAGCCCCUGAGGAGCGGGGACUUCAAAUCCAGCAGGAUGGUUCCGAGACCACCCGGGUGCCCACUCCUCGGCCCAGGGAUGGGCACCUGCGUCUGGCCAGCGGCGCUCACCGAUGUGAGGGGCGUGUAGAGCUCUUCCUGGGGCAGCGGUGGGGCACCGUGUGUGACGAUGCGUGGGACCUACGGGCAGCCGGUGUCCUGUGUCGCCAGCUGGGCUGUGGCCAGGCCCUGGCAGCCCCUGGCGAGGCCCACUUUGGGCCAGGCCGCGGGCCCAUCCUGCUGGACAAUGUCAAAUGCCGCGGGGACGAGAGCACGCUGCUGCUCUGCUCCCACAUCCGCUGGGACGCCCACAACUGUGACCACAGCGAGGACGCCGGCGUCCUGUGCCAGCCACCGUGACCCAGCCGUCUCUGCAGACCGCAUCGGAUGAAGGAGCCCAUCGGGGACCUGUCCCUUGCCCUCCGGGAAGCCCUCCUGAGAUUUCUGCAGCUCCUGGUGCCCCUCUUUCCCCCCUGCUAAUUGUUGUGCGGUGGCCUCAGUCCCUUGUCAACUCCUGUGGCCCAGGGCGGUGUGGACACACCCCAGGUUUCCUUAGCCCAAACAGAAAGUGGGGGAGAAGAAUGACUCGUAACGUUUCCUCUUUGGGGAGCUCCUGUUACAGCACCCACUGACCUUGCCUUCCUUGACCCAGAACCAGGAAGCUUGGGCUCUGCGGAGGUGGGAUUCCUCCCUUCCCUUAUCUGUAUUGAGGUCCCGAAGGUGAAGGGGGUGGGGGAGGAGUGGGCGUCUCUUUGAUAGACUCACAGGGGCUGCGGGAGAACCCGGGCCACUUUCCCAGCCGCCGGGUGAGGACCUGGAAUUUAGAUGGUGCUUGGCUGGGAAAGGGGGCUUGGGAGGGCUGAAGCGGGAACAAUGGCCUCUCCCUACAGCUGGAACCAGCAUCCUCAUUGACACUGCCCCCACUACAGAGCCUCUACUUUGCAAUCACCCAGAAGCCCCGAGGCCUGUAGCCACUGUUCAUAGGUGCCAAGUCAAUAAAGCAUUAUCAUCCCUC